AUGGCGUCUCUUCUUCCGGAAGGCAAGAAAGAACUCGUUCGCCGAGGCUACCAUCCUGACCAGCGUGUCCUCGAUCGCUCCUCUCGUUCCUACCACCAUCAACACAAGGAGAUCCGCGCCAUCGACAACUUGCAGGCUCAGUGGGCUGAACACUUUGACAACGAAAUUGCCAAAGAGAAGCCAGAGGAGAAGGCAGAAGAGCCGGAAGCCCCACGCCCAACCGUUGUUCGUCGCGCAACUCCCACCCUUCGUCGAGUCACUCAACGUAUCCCUACCAAGAACUACACCGCAAUCCCCGCCGGCUAUUUCGAACGUCCUGCCCUUGCCAGCGACUUCGACGUCACCUGCAUCCUUGACUACCACGCCUUCCUCUUCGACCGCCACGAGUUCUUUUCUUGCAAGAACCCAACAUGCCAGCUGCAUAUGCGGCGGCUUCAAGAACUGAAUUCGCGUCUCAAGGAAGAUCUCGAGAGGCCUCGUGUCAAAGUCGCAGAAGCAUCCAUGAGGUACGUUGUGUAG